GAGCAAGACAAGAAGAAAAAAACCCUUGUUUUCUCUUGAGACAUUCAUCUUCUAGCCAUCCUCCUACUUUCCUGACUGCCCCUUAAAACAUGUUUAUCCUCUCUCAUUUGUAAUAAUUAAUAAUCGCUAUUAUUAUUCCCCUUUCUUCUCUCUCUCUCUACACACACCAAAGUAAACUACACUCAACAAAGGGAUAGAAGAAGAAGAAGAAGAGGAAUAUAAUUAGCUUAAUUAAGACCAACUUAGCUUGUUAGUGAAAGCUGAAAAUCAAGAAAUGGGGAGAGCUCCUUGCUGUGACAAAAACAAUGUCAAGAGAGGGCCAUGGUCACCUGAAGAAGAUGCUAAGUUGAAGUCAUAUAUUGAUCAGAAUGGGACUGGUGGAAACUGGAUUGCAUUGCCUCAAAAAAUUGGCCUUAAGAGAUGUGGAAAGAGUUGUAGGCUUAGAUGGUUAAAUUACUUGCGGCCAAACAUCAAGCAUGGAGGAUUCUCAGAAGAAGAAGAUAGGAUCAUUUGCAGCCUCUACAUAAGUAUUGGAAGCAGGUGGUCAAUAAUUGCAGCACAGCUCCCUGGAAGAACUGAUAAUGAUAUAAAGAACUACUGGAACACUAAGCUGAAGAAGAAGCUAUUUGGAAAACAACGCCAAAAGCAAGGUUCAAGAAAAGGAAAAGAUAUCAACUCCAUGCCUGUUUCCAAUAACAAUAAUCAAAACCCUUGUUGGCCUGAGCUUCCCAUUAUGCAGCAACCAAUACAAUUCUCAAACAAUGAACCAAGAUUCUUUAAUGACCAUACAUCCAUCAGAAAGCUAUUAAUCAAGCUUGGCGGUAAAUUUUCACAAGAUGACCAAUUGACAAAUGUGCCAAAUUCCCAAUACCCAAUCGAUAAUUCAUCGAUGCAUCCGAUAUAUCCGAAUAUUCCAAUCAAUUUGAUCUCUUCCACUCCAAUAGAUGUCCUAAAUACUCAAUACAACAUGGAUGGGGCAGAUUUAACCACACUUCUUCCAGCACAAAGCAGUUUUCCAGCUGAGCUUGAGUGUAUGAUUAAUAAUCCACGAAAAUUAGAUGGUCUUGAAUUUUUGUAUGAGGAUAUGUUUAUUGAUAAAUCUGCGUCUACUUCUGGAGGAAACUUGGACUGGGAAGCGAUGAAUCCUUUUGUACUUCCUCCUCCUCCUAUUGUCGAUCUUCAACAAGGUGUUAUAAUCCAAGAGGGUGCACUUGAUGAGCUGAGAUAUCCCUUGGCACAAUAGUAUUUUUGUACAUUUUAUUUGAUAUUAUAUUGUACAAUAGUAUUUUUGUGCGGCCAUUCCUCGGACCCUGCUAACGCGAGAUGCUUUGUGCACCAGGUUGCACAUAUUGUAAAUUUUUGUUGUGAAGGGAGAGGGCCGACCAGAUGAUUUAUGUAAGUUGGCGAACCCUAAUAAAUUUGUUUGUUACGGUAUAUAUAUCUUCUGAAUA